AUGCGUUUAUUCGUUGGUUACAAAUCAUCAAAUCAAAGCUUUAAACAAUUAGAAGUAGAAACCGAAAGAGGUGAUGCUGGUUAUCUUCAGAUGGAUUGCGCCCGUGAAUCUUUCGCAUUUGCAACAUAUAAACCAAAAUCAGAAAGGAAAGUUAAAAAGUUUGUUCAUUCAUUAUAUAAUAAUGUUCAAAAAUAUGAUAACUCAGUAUGUGGUAAAUAUAUUGACCCUUCAGAAGUUUUCAAGAAAGCAAAUGAAGAAGUUGAUAUCACUUUUGAUAUGAUUAUUCCGGUAAAUGAUUUGUUAGCAUUUCAGGCGUUCGAUGAUUAUCCUAAAUCAUUUGGUGAUAUCAUUCUUAAAUAUUAUGUUUUCAGGGAUACUUUAGUAUUUUGUCAGGUUGACCCGUUAAGAGUUGCUGAUUUACAAAAUUACGUUUAUGAAAAGAUAACUGAUGAAAAUUAUGAAAAGAUUAUGAAUCAUGUUUAUAAAUAUGAUCGCAAAUUCCAACAAAUCGGACUUCCUGCCAAAUUAAUUACAAGCUUAGCCGCUACAUCUGCUGACGCAACAGUUGAUGACGUUAUUAUUUCAUGCACAAAGAUGGAAGUUUUAGAGGAUAAAUGCAUUACACCAGGAUACGGUUUAAUUGAAGAAUCAGUUAAAGCAAUACCACGUUUAUUCAGUAAGGAAGAUCCAUUCAUGAUUCCAGCUCAACAUAUUGACGUUCGUUCACUAAAUGGAGGUUGCAUCACUCCUGAAGGUAUUAGCUCAGAUUUCUCAUACGCUCUUCAUAAUGUUACAGAUGUUGUGUUAACAUUUCCGAAGAAUGCAAUGCAAAGAACGGUUUUAGAAAAUCCAAUGCUUCGAGGUCUUCAG